CAUGGCUACACGGGCAAAUCCGCCCAAGAAGGUCCGGCUCGCCUGUCGUCGUUGUCGCACAAGGCGAAUAAAGAUGUUGAUAGUCAGAACUCGCGUUUGUUGGUUCCUCGCAACUUUGCGAGCGCGGCACGUGCUAGAAUUCAAUGGCUAGAGGAAAUAAUCAAACAGCGGCUACCUGACGUCGACAUAGCAGGCGGUCCGCAAAUAGACGCGUUUCCGGACCCGAAAGGAUCGGGGGUCGUCGGAGGUGGAGACUACGAUGAGGACAAUAUCUCGACAUCGUCUCCCCGGUCCGGCCGCGGAUGUAGUCAACCGGUGCCGGUGGGAGGGACUAUAGUUCUGGGGUCGCAACGAUCAGGCAGUCUCAAGCGUACCGCGGAGGCCGCGGGAUCCAACGACCACGACGAAGAGUUCCCGGAUCGUGCACACUCGGUCGCCAGGAAUUUAGGGAUGCUAUCGCUCAACUCGGAUUCAGAUCAAAAGCACUAUCUGGGAUCGAGUUCCGGUGUUCUUUUCACAAAUCUCAUUGGGGCGUCUCCCUCAAGUGCGGGCUCAACACCGGUUGCUUUGAUUGAUGACGUCCAAGCCCAGGGACCAGCAUCUGAAUGGCACGACAGCACCAUCCCAAGCAACGUCUCGCAAGAAUAUAAUCGUGCCUUGCACGUGUGUCUACGGCAGGAACUUCCAAGAAAAGAAGAUGCCAUCAAACUCGUACACACCUACAUUCGUUGGAUACAUCCCGACUACCCAGUUUUAGAAGCGACAUCUCUACUGAGUGCCAUUGAGGCUCUUUAUGCGACUUUUGAAUGCUCGCUGGAAGAAGAUCCCUUGCCAAAUGGCUGGCCAAGUUCCGUUCAAGCGUUUAGGUGGAAUGGAUGGCAGGUCACCCCGAGCGAUCAAGGUAUGCAAGCGGUGCCUAUGCCCGUUGUUGCUUUUACCCUCUUCAUGGUGUUCAAUAUCGCAGCUAUCAUGAAGAUCAGGUCGCGGAUCUACGAGUUUCCUCCCGAAAGGUUCUACCGCAAUACGAACAGCCUCAACACGAUUCCAUCCUCCUUCUCGGAGGCUGUCCUGAGAUAUGCACGCCACCAGUUCGAACUUGAUAGACUGAUUUCCGACGUCAAACAACAACUUUACCAUCUGCCCGGCGACUCCCCCUGGUUUCCAAUGCCUCGAAACCCGACCGACCAACAAGGAAGAAUCAAACAAGAGCUCGUGAAUUGGUGGCGAGAGGUGUCUGAAGAAUCUUUUGAUUUCCCCGGUGUUGACAACCGACAGCGUCGCAUCUGGAAGCUGAAGCUGAAGAUCAAGUAUCACACCACGAUGGUGAUGCUGUACCAGCCUUCACAGGUCAUUCGAAACCCCCCUGCCGAGUCUCUCCAGAUCUGCUUCAACAAUGCUUCGUCCAUUCUGCAGGACUACCAAAUGUUGCACGAUAUUCAAGGUCUUCAUCAUGGAUGGCGAACGGUCCAAAACAUUUUCGCGGCCGGGGCGACGCUGAUCUAUUCUUUCUGGACGUGCCCCAUCGUCCGUCAAAGCGCGUCCACAGCCGACCUUUCCAAAAGUCUGCGCGCUUGUUCAGGUCUCUUGGCAGUUGGUGGGGAAUGGUGGCCGUCUGUCAAAAGGGGACAGAGAAGUUUCGGGGCUAUUGUCGACCUCACAGUCCGCAAACUUUACACCGGCAAUAUGCCAUCAAAGAAUCCCAGACUCUUCAUGCCUCUCAGCGCGGAAGACGGAGAGACUGCGAUUGAGAACUCAGAAGGAGCACCUGUCUAUGACGCAUCUGGGCAGCAGUCCGACCUUUCCCACAUAGCGCUCAACGGCGCAGACGCACCCUGGCACCAGAUGGCGGGAGCCUCGAUGGAGCUACCGAAUGCCCACGACCCGUACAACCCAUUGGAUUAUGGAACGCGGCUACAAGCCCUUCAUGACCUGCAAAAGUCCAACGAACGACCCCUGACUCUCUCCGAAAAGAUCCUAUACAGCCACCUAGUCCCCGGCAACGAUGGGUGGUCGCUCGACGAAAUACAUCGAGGCAAGACAAUAUUGCGCCUGCGACCCGAUCGAGUAGCAUGUCACGAUGCCACAGCAACAAUGGCCUUGCUUCAGUUCAUUAGCGCUGGUCUUCCACGCGUCAAAGUUCCGACAUCCGUACACAGUGACCACCUGAUCGUUGCCGAGAAAGGUGACAAGGAGGAUCUCGCCCGUGCCGCUAGCGAUCACGAAGAGGUUUACGCCUUUCUCGGCAGUGCGGCGAAGAAAUACGGAAUCGGGUACUGGAAGCCAGGAGCGGGAAUCAUACACACAACCAUCUUCGAGAACUACGCAUUUCCAGGCGGCCUGAUGAUUGGCACGGACUCGCACACACCGAAUGCCGGAGGAAUGGGCAUGCUAGGCAUCGGUGUCGGUGGAGCUGAUGCUGUUGAUGCAAUGUCUGGUAUGCCGUGGGAGCUCGUCUGUCCAAAGGUCUGCGGCGUGCGCCUGACCGGCAAACUCCAGGGAUGGAGCUCGUCAAAGGACAUAAUCUGCAAGCUUGCGGGUAUCCUCACUGUUUCUGGAGGUAAAGGCAAGGUCAUUGAGUUCUUUGGUCCAGGCACCGAAACGCUGGGAGCUACGGCAACGGCAACCGUCUGCAACAUGUCUGCCGAAAUUGGGUCAACGUCUUGCGUGUUUCCUUACUCUGAAGCCAUGUCACGAUACCUAUCAGCCACGAAUCGGAAGAAUAUCGCCAACUAUGCCGAUAUUUUCAAACAGCCACUUCUUGUUGGAGACGAGGGCUGCGACCGCUAUUACGACGAAAUAAUCGAGCUAGACCUGUCUUCCCUUGAGCCUCACAUUAAUGGCCCCUUCACCCCAGAUCUAGCACACCCACUAUCUCAAUUCAAACGACACGUCAGCGAGAGCUCAUGGCCGUCAGACAUCUCUUGCAGUCUAGUCGGGAGUUGCACCAAUAGCUCGUAUGAAGAUCUAGAAAAGGUUCGCCAUCUCGUCGUUCAAGCCAAGGAAGCUGGGCUAGAGAAGACAAAGACUCGGUUCCUGGUCAGCCCAGGAAGUGAGCAAAUCCGUGCUACGGCAGAGGAGGAAGGGAUUCUCGAUACGCUCAGACAAGCUGGAGCAGUUGUUUUGAGUAAUUCCUGUGGCCCAUGUGUCGGACAAUGGGAUCGGGAAGACGUCGAUGUGAAGAACGCCGAGAGGAACUCGGUCAUUUCCAGCUUCAACCGCAACUUCACAGGUCGCCAUGACAGCAAUCCGGCCACUCAUUCUUUUGUCACAUCAACUGAGCUUGCCGCAGCAUUUGCCUUCGCUGGCAAUCUCACGUUCAACCCCAUGACUGAUGACAUCCCCAUACCCGGUCCUCAUGGUGCUCCCAAGAAGUUCCGUUUCACGCCCCCUCAAGCUGCCGAGCUCCCGAUGGCCUUCUCUCCAGGCGCCGACCGUUUUCAACCUCCUGUACUAUCGGACACAACAGACUUGAAAGUCAACAUCCUCCCUUCCAGCGAUAGACUCCAACUCCUUACACCAUUUGACGGAUGGCAAGUCGGCAAAGCGCGUGACAUGAAAAUCCUGAUCAAGGUGCGUGGAAAAUGUACGACAGAUCAUAUCUCGCCCGCUGGUCCUUGGUAUAAGUACCGGGGCCAUCUGGAGAAUAUCAGCAACAACAUGCUCCUCGGAGCCACCAACGACUUCUUAGGCGACGCCAGCUCAUUGAACAUGGUUGGCAAAGCCAUGGAUCCGGUCGAUGGCCAAAUCAAACCCGUGCCUCAAGCUGCGAGAAGCAUGAAGAGCGCUGGCAUCAGGUGGUGCAUCAUCGGAGAUGAUAAUUACGGCGAAGGAAGCUCGCGAGAACAUGCUGCACUGGAGCCGCGAUAUCUGGGUGGUGUUGCCGUCAUUGCCAAGAGCUUUGCCAGAAUUCACGAGACGAACUUGAAGAAGCAGGGCAUGUUACCGCUUACGUUCAGUGAUCCCGCAGACUACGUCAAAAUACAGAAAGGGGACCAAAUCACGCUUGCAGACGUCGAAGAUGCUGAUUUGCGGCCCGAUAAGCAGGUAACCAUGGAGGUCGUCACCCUACAAGGUUCCAGGUGGACGACCAAGUUGAAUCACAGUUUCGAAAUCAAUCAGAUUGAAUGGUUGCGGGCGGGGAGUGCGCUUAACCACAUCAAGCGCGUUGCACUUCGUGGCGAAGCAUGA